AUGGGGAGUGAUCAGAACCUUGUGAAUCAUUUACUAUCUAAACUAUCUAGUACUUUCAAGAUUAGAGAUCUUGGUGAACCUGGUUUUUUCCUUGCUAUUGAAACUGUCAAAUGUGAUGAUGGCAUUUUACUCUCUCAACAAAGAUAUAUGAAUGACAUUUUAAAACGUGUUGGGAUGACAGAAUGCAAGCCUCUAUCUACUCCUAUUCCUGUUUCGAAAUCUGUUCAUUCUGUGCAGAUUUAUAUGAUGAUCCUACGCAUUUCACAUUGGGAACAACUUAAACGGGUUCUGAGGUAUGUUAAAGGAACUCUUUCGUUUGGCUUACGUAUACGAAAAUCAGUGUCAAAAGAUCUACAUGCUUUUUCUGAUUCUGAUUGGGCUAGCUGUCCUGAAGAUUUCUUACAUACAGAAUCAUACAAAGAGAAGGAAUGGGAAGAGAAAACACAGAAGAUGCAAAAACUGCUCAUCCCAUAUUUCAUUCAUAACUAUUGUACAUAG